UACUGCGCAUGUUCAUAGGCCGCCCUGGCCUCCUCAGUCUCGCAGUAUUUGGACGCACUUUCUGGCGGGAAGUUGCUUCUGCUGGGCUUUGCUGUUGAGACCCUGCGGCGAGGAAAGGCUGAAUGAAAGGUUUCGCUCGUUAGAGUUGGUUUGAAGCCAAGGAAAAUCGGGUAGUAAGGGAUAAGAAACUGAGGAGAUAGUGAAGGGCGGUUUGUCCAGGUUGUUGAAAGCUCAGAGUUAGCGUUUAAUCGGAAUAGAAAUCCUGUUAAUAGCACCUGAUUAGCUCAGUUGAUGAGGCUGAGCGGGUUGUGGUGAGGUAUUUUUUGGUCACGUGAGGGCAAGUGGCAAGAAAAAAAAAAUCCCCCAGGCGGCUUAGAACAGUGCCUGAAAUCCGAACACUCUUAGGCUUUACAGUUCUUUCUGUUUCUGGAGACUGCCUAUUAAAACAUAUUCCUGGCUGAAAUGUUUGUAUAUAAAAGUCCCUAAGUAAUUAUUAAGCACCACGCUUAGCUUUCUCUAAGGAGUAUGGAAUAUUGUUGAAAGGCUUGUUUCCUCCAGGAACUUGAAUUUCAUUUAGUAAGUCUUCAAGGGCUUAUAGAAGAGUAACUGAAAUCCCAAUUUACUAGUUAGGUUGUGGUAAAAAACAUAGGCUAAUUGGUAGUCAGAACACAGUCACUGUAGAAAGGGUUUUAUAACUGCUGUGGUGGGGAGAGAAGGGACAGCCUGAGCAAAGUCUUGGAGUCCAGAAAUAACAUGGUAUAUAUCAGACACUAUGAAAAGUUUGAUUUUAUCAGUAAUUUUUGAGUCAAGGAGUGUGCAAGUUCCUGAAGGGCUUUAAAGGUGCUGUUAAUAGGAUUAGUUCUCAAAUUAUUUCACCUGUAUCCUAAAAUUGGGCCUCAGCUGGGAGAAGAAAUGAAAUUGGGCAAGUCUCGAUCAAGGAACAGUGGAUAACUCAAGUAACCAAUCAAGGGAGCAGUUUUGAGCUAUAAAGAAAAGGACUGUAAAAGAGUAGAUAGAAAUUUGUUAUAAAUUCAUCAGCUCCAAAACUAUGCUAUCCAGAGGGAGUAAAUCUGUUGGGAAGGCAAUUUUUUCUGCUCGCGGCAACCCAGAAAAUAGGAAAAAAAAAAAGUUUAAUAUGGCAGUAACUAUAAGAAAUACAGUGUCCUGAAAUCUUAUUUAUGCUGCUUUGUGAUACAAAAGUUAUUUAAAACAUUUCCCCAGUCUUUGGGCUUUGUAAGGUCAUCACUAAAUCUUAGUUAACUGGUGGGCGAAGUUUAAACCAACUUAGUUAACUGGUGGGUGAAGUUUAAACCAGCUUAAGUUAUCAGCUCUUGAAAAAAAAAAUCAAAAUGCUUCUAUUCCUAGGAAGAAAAUACGGUGGCCAUUGGGCAUAAUUUUCUGGUGGUGGGAUUACAAGGAACUAGGGGCUGAGGUAAAGCCUGCAUAUAUAUUGAUUUCAUUUCCUCUCUAUUUCAUACGGUAUUUAAGUGCUCCUGAGUCUUUUCCAGGCUCACGUUACUAGGCAAGGUGGUUUUUCCUUAGGAGAGGCGCAGGUGUUUUUCAAAGUGAGAUACUGGCAUCAGCAGUAUCAAAAUCACCGGGAUCCAAGGUAAAAAUGUCGAUUCGGUCCUUUCUAUUCCCUGAGGAAUUUGAGUUUGGGGUGAGGCUGGCAACCUUGCCUCUUUAAGAGACUAAUGUAACGCCCAGUGCUCUCUCCCCCUCCCACCGGCUGGGAUCGGAACCCUCCUGCGCCGCCCUGGCCUCCCCCUCCCCGGACCCCUCCCCGCCCCUCCCACCUCCACCCAUCCCCGCCUCCCGCCGCAAUCUUGGCGGGAAGACGCCAGCUGCUAAGCGGAGGGAGGAUGUCUGGGUCGCGCGCGGAGGCCGAGGAGAAGGUGGGCUCCAGACAGCGACUCCAGGUGAAUGGGAGAAAAGGCUUGUCCCUUUCGGGUGAAUGAAUAUAAGGAAAACCAAAACAUCGCUUAUGUGUCUCUGAGACCGGUACAGACUACAGUUUUAGGAAAAACAGCUAAGGUGUAUCUUGUUCCCUUUUCACUCAGUAGCUACAAGCCAGAUCAACUUAAGCGCUCCAAAUCCCUAUUAGAUAAGAAUUCUAACAAUGAAGUGGCAUGUAAGAAAUGUAAGAAGGCUGAAAUAAAGAAAACUUGCAGAAGGAUUUUAACCCCAAAGAUGGAAGCCACAUCUUCCAAGGCAGAAUCCACUCUGCAAAAAUCAUCCUUAGAUGUUCAUGCUGAAAGUAACAAGUGGCAAUACAAGAGCACUUCAGAUACAGUGAUUCUCAGUGCUGAUACAGAAAGCAGCCAGGAUGGAGACAGUGAUGAAGGUACCACACCAGGCAUGGAUGAUUUUUCAGGAUUGUCACCAUACGAAAAGAAGAGACUGAAGAACAUAUCAGAAAAUGCAAACUUUUUUGCUUCUCUUCAGUUGUCUGAGUCAGCUGCAAGACUCCGUGAAAUGAUAAAGAAGAGACAGCCUCCUGAAUCCAAAAGGUUGGACAAGAUGGCAAGAGUGGGCUGCUGUUGGGUAUUUCCCUUCCCCAGAAAGAAGCCUAAGAAGAAAGAAAAUGAGACUGGAUGUAGAAGGUCAAUGCGAUUACUAAAAGUUGAUCCUUCAGGAGUUUCAUUACCAGCAACUCCAACCCAGCCAAUAUUAGUAGCAGAUGAAAAUCCUUUGUUACCUCCUGGGCCUUUAGAAAUGACUUCUGAAAAUCGAGAUGAUAACAGUGAACUAUUUAAAGGAUUUCUGCAGACUUGGGCAGAAGUGAGCAAGGUGUCACUUGGGAGGACAAGAAGUAAAAACACUGAGAAGGAGUUAUCUAGCAUUAAAAGCUACAAAGCCAAUUUAAAUGGCAUGAUCAUUAGUGAAGAUACUGUUUAUAAAGUUACCAAAGGCCCAAUAUUCUCAAUGGCUCUCCACCCAUCAGAAAUUAGAACUUUGGUGGCAGCUGGGGCCAGAUCUGGACAAGUUGGGCUUUGGGAUUUGACUCACCAACCUAAAGAAGAUGGAGUUUAUAUUUUUCAACCCCAUAGUCAACCAGUUAGCUGUCUUUACUUCUCGCCUGCCAAUCCAGCUCACCUGCUGUCACUGAGCUAUGAUGGCACAUUACGCUGUGGGGAUUUUUCCAGAGCUGUUUUUGAGGAGGUAUAUAGAGAUGAAAGAAGUAGCUUUUCCUCCUUUGACUUCUUGGCAGAAGACGCCUCCACUUUAAUAGUAGGUCACUGGGAUGGAAGUAUGUCACUAGUGGAUAGGCGGACGCCUGGAACUUCUUGUGAGAAACUUAUCAAUUCUUCUUUGAGCAAAAUAAGAACUGUACAUGUCCACCCAGUGCAUAGACAGUAUUUUAUCACUGCGGGAUUAAGGGAUAUUCAUAUUUAUGAUGCAAGGUGCCUGAAUCGCAGUAGAAUCAAGCCUUUGAUUUCUUUGACUGAACACACAAAGAGCAUCGCUUCUGCCUAUUUUUCACCUCUUACUGGUAACAGAGUAGUAACCACAUGUGCUGAUUGUAAGCUGAGAAUCUUUGACAGCAGCUGUAUAUCCUCGAAGAUUCCUCUUCUCACCACCAUCAGGCACAACACCAUUACUGGGAGAUGGCUGACCAGGUUCCAAGCUGUGUGGGACCCUAAACAAGAAGACUGUAUCAUAGUCGGCAGCAUGGCCCAGCCACGGCGAGUGGAAAUCUUCCAUGAGAGAGGAAAGUGGGUGCACUCUUUUCUUGGUGGAGAAUGCCUUGCCUCUGUGUGUUCCAUCAACGCUAUGCACCCAACUCGGUAUAUUUUGGCUGGUGGUAACUCCAGUGGGAGGAUACAUGUUUUUAUGAAUUAAGAAAGUUGCGGAGUUUUUGGUUUGACAACACUGAUUUGUUCAAAUUAAUCAGUGUCUAAGGAGCCCAGUAAUUCACGUGGCUUAGUCUGUUUACUUGGUAAUAUGUUCUAUUUUUAGCAAAUAUAAAAUUGCUUUGUUAAUAAGAACUGUGAGCAGAAGGUACUUUUAGUAAGAGAAGCCUUGGAGGUUGUUUCUAUAGGAUGGCAAGGGAAUUAAAGGGGAGACUGUGAUGGCUUCAGCACUUUUAAUCAGGCAGAAUGUUGAGAAAUUCUAACAUAAAUUAUAAAGCUUUGAGUGAUCAGUAUUUUGGUUGUUUUUGUGGUUUUGAUUCUAUAGUGAUAUAUAGAUUUGUGGGGUUUUUUUAUAGUUUGCAGUAAAUAUUUAUUUCUAGACUCAUACACUGGAAGGGGUCCUGAAAGGUCAUCUAACUCAGUGACUUUGAAACUUUUGAGUUUUUAAACUGAGCACCUUUUUUCCCCCUUGCCUCUAAAUUAAAUCUUACAUGAAAUCCCAAGAAAUUGCUGAGAAGCUUUGGUUCACUUGGGCAGGGCCUGUGUCUGUGUGUGUUGACCCUUUCCCUCCCGCUCCUCUACAUGGCUCCUGAGACACAGCUAAGGAAACCCAGGGCUUGUAGGCACAGGGUUUGGAUCUACCUGAUUGUUGUAAUCCAGUAUGAGAUUAACUUCAGACCAGUGUUUCCCAGACUGUGGUUUGUAGCUGUUCACAUGAAAUCAGUUAAGUGGCCAUGAACAGUGUCUACAAAAAUGAAAAGGAGAGAAAUAGUAAAGAAUAGCAAACUUAGAGUAAGUAUUCUUUUGUGAAACUUAGUUCCAUAUGCAUACAUAUUUGUAGGUAUACAUGCAUACGUAUAUUCUGAUGUAAAAUGUAUUUCUUUAUUACUGUGGUACUGUGGGUCAUGGUUAAAGAAGUAAAAGCGCCUGACUUAGAAAGUCAUAGACAGCCUUAUCUGUCCCUGUCUUUAAACUCUCCAGAGGAGAUUCAAUAACCUGGGGAAGUGUUAUGAAAUACCAUUUUUGGAAUUCCUUCAUAAAAUUUUUUUUUCAGAAGCUAUGGCAAUUUGAAUGUGUCUGUUGUUGGAUAUUACUAAGUCAGUGACUAAUAUUACUGUGUGACCUUACCUAUCCAACUUUUUCCAUUGUUCUUCAUUGCCAAACUACUACUGAAAGCCUGUUGUAAAUAGCUUCAGCAAUAUGUUUGAUUUCUAAGAGGAAAUAUUAACUUUUCAUAAUUGUAUAUCACAGAAAUAAAGUGACAUGUUUCAUUUC